AUGGGCAGAGGCAAAUUUUCCCUUUCUCUCCCGUCUCGUUGGCCCCUUGGCCCGGCCUGCAAAUCGCAACUUCCACUUUUUUUGGCGACCAUAAAACAAUCCUUUUCUUUCUUUCUCUUAAUUUUUUGUUUUUUAUUUUUUUUUUUUUUCUUUCUUUCUUUGUUUCUUUCUUUCUUUUCUUUCUUUUUUUUCUUUUUUUUAUUUUUUUUUCUUUUCUUUCUUUCUUUCUUUCUUUUCUUUUUUUUUUUUUUUUUUCUUUCUUUUUUUCUUUUGCAAUUUAAAAAAUUUUCUUUCUUUUUUUUUUUCUUUCUUUCUUUCUUUUCUUUCUUUCAUUUCUUUUAUUCUUUCUAUUUUCUUUGUUUUUCUUUCAAAUUUCUUUCUUUCUUUUUCUUUUUAUCUCUUUUUUUUUCCUUUCUUUCUUUUUUUCUUUCCUUUUUUUCUUCCUUUCUUUCUUUUUUUUUUCUUUCUUUUUUCUUUUUUUCUUUCUUUUCUUUUCUUUCUUUAUUUCUUUCUUUCUUUAAAUUUAUUUUUUUUCUUUCUUUUUCGAAAAUCUUUUUUUCUUUUUUUCUUUCUUUUUUUUUCUUUCAUUUUUUUUUUAUUUUUUUUUUUUUUUCUUUUUUUUUUUUCUUUAUUCGAUCUACAUUUUUUUUUUUCUUUCUUUCUUUCUUUCUUUCUUUCUUCUUUCAUUUUCUUUCUUUCUUUUUCUUUUUUUUCUUUUUUUUUUUUAUUUUCUUUCUUUCUUUUCUUUAUUUUUCAUUUUAUUUCUUUUUGAUGGUUUCAAUCUUUCUUUUUUCUAGAAAUUUUUUUUUUCUUUCUUUCUUUCUUAAUUUUCUUUCUUUCUUUCUUUUCUUUCUUUUUUCUUUCUCUGAUAUUUUUUUUUUCUUUGUUUCUUUCUUUUUCUUUCUUUCAGCUUUUAAUUUCUUUCUUUCUUUUGUUAUCUUUUCUUUUUUUCUUUCUUUAAUUUCUUUCUAA